UAUUUAAUUAGCUUUAUGAAAUUGUGAUUUAUUUUGUACAAAUUAACCUAAUUAAUUGAAAGAACGAAAUGAAUUAUCAAAUAUGGCUAUCCCUAGAGAAAAACUUUAUAUAAGUGAAGCCCUCAAAAUGAAGAAUUUGAUGUAUUGAUCAUUAACUAUCAUAUCGAGAUGUUUUCAAAAAGAAUUCUAAAUAUUUUACUUAUUCUUAACUUACCCUCUUUCAUUAUCUCAGCACCACUAACUUCAGAUGAUGCUACAUGUCCAAAUCUUGGUGGAACAAACGAACCACUUAUAGAUUAUAACGUUGUGUUAAAAACAGAUGCUACAAAUUAUGAUUCUGUUGUAAAGAAUCAUUUUGAAAUGUUAGAAAAAUGUCUACAGAGAGAAAGACACAAUGUUCAUGAAUUGGAUUUUUCCUCCAUUAAAGAUAACAAUAAUGUGAUUUUCGAUUUCAGUGUAAAAGGAAUGAUUGCUGGAUAUACUACCAAAUUUACCAAAAGUUUUGUUGAGAAUUAUUUGUCUAAACUUAAUGAUGUUGCAAUAGUAAAUGAAAAUAAGGUUAUUGAAGAUCCAUUUGAAAAUGAAGUUGUUGAACAAGCGCCACUUGUACGAAGAGCCGAGAGACCUGCUGAUAAAAUGCCUAAUCUUGAUCGUAUUGAUCAGGAAAAUUUACCUUUGGACUUGAAAUAUAUAUAUCCUGAUAGUGCUGGAGCGGGAGUUGAUGUAUUUGUAGUAGAUUCGGGAAUUUUUCUUGAACAUGAAGAGUUUCAAGGUAGACAAGGUAAAACCGUAGUUGAAAAGACUUUUUGUAACAAUCCAGCAGAUGAAAAUGGACAUGGAACAAAUGUUGCUAGUAUUGUAGGAGGAAAAACUCUUGGAGUUGCAAGUAAUGCAAAUAUAAUUGGUGUCAAAAUAACGGGAAACAAUUGUCCAUUAAGUUCACAAAACAUUAUUAAUGGAAUCACUUAUGUUAUGCAACAAAAAGCAAAUGAUCCUGGAAGGAAGAUAGUUUUAAAUUUGUCAGCGACUUCAACAGAUUCUGCUGUUGGUGAAGCAGCAAGUAAGGCAGUUGAAGCUGGAAUUCAUUUUGUUGUCGGAGCUGGCAAUAGAAAUCUAGAUGCGUGUGGAUUUUUCCCAGGUAAAGUUGAAACGGUGGUAACUGUUACUGCAUCUAAGAUCUCCAAUAAUCAAGAUUGGAUCACUGAUUGGUGCAACUGGGGAAAAUGUGUUACUCUUUUCGCUCCGGGCGAAAAUGUUCCAAUAGCUGGAAUUGGAAGUCCUAGUGAAAUUACUUCGGGAACAGGAACAAGUCUUUCCGCUCCGCAUGUUUCUGGUGCUAUUGCUUUGAUACUAGCUAACAGUGAUUUAACUCCUGAACAAUCUAAAGCAGAACUCUUGAGAAUUGCUACUAAAGAUAAAAUUCAAGGCCUUGGCUUUCGCCCAACUGCUAAUGUAUUAUUGCGUGUCCCUUCACCAACCAACAAUCAUUGAAUGAUAAGGAAAAGAGAAUAUAGUUAUUAUUUAUUUUUAUCAAAUAUUCAUUUUUUAAAUUCAUUUACAAAAUUUAAAAAUAUUAGUAAUAGUAAUUUAAUUAAAAAUACUUCAAAUUGAAAUUAAGCAGUUUAAAUAAAUCCAAUUAUUUUUGAUCGUGUUGAAUAAUAGUAAUUAGCCAAAUGAUUGAAUUUCAUAAUAUCAGAGCUUCAACACAGCUUGAAGUUUAUUUCAUAGAUACAGUGCAGAUAUAUGGGAACCGCUAAGCAAAGGUAGAAUGUAUAUACAAUGGUUGAAUAUUUGCUCAAUACAUGAAUACAUGAUCCACCAAGGAAGUAAGCAGGCAUUUUUGAAAUGUGAAAAAAGUUGAUUGCUUGAGGCUUACUAAAAUUCAAAUUUCACGUGAUGACGUG